UAGAAAAAACCACACCUCUUUCCUCUCUCUUUCCUCUUCAUAUUUAUAUAUACACACAAAUCUUCAAUUAUAUUUCAUUCUUCAUCAUUCAUUAUAAUUCAUAACCCUUAAUCUCUCUUAUCUUCUCUUCUACAAUAUUUCUUUCCCUAUGGCUUCACAAAAUACUCAAGUUCAAUUUCAAGACUCAUUACCCUUGAUGGCAAACAAGCUUGGUGGUGAUGGAUUAAUAGAUGAAUUAUGCAAUGGUUUCAAUCUUUUGAUGGAUUCUACUAAAGGUGUCAUUACUUUUGAAAGCCUUAAGAAGAAUUCAGCUUUGCUUGGGUUACAAGAUUUGACCGAUGUGGAACUUCAAUCCAUGAUUGUUGAAGGUGAUUUUGAUGGUGAUGGUGCUCUUAAUCAAAUGGAGUUUUGUGUUUUGAUGUUUAGACUUAGUCCUGAACUUAUGGAUGGGUCUAAGAUGUGGUUAGAACAAAUGCUUCAACAAGAAGUCCAAGAUUCUUUCUAAAUUUUCUUCAUUGUUUUGGGCAAUUUUCCCAUAUAUUUGGUCAUGUAAAAAAAGAGAAAAGUUUAUUGAUAUGAAAUUGAAGUAGUGAUUCAUCUAAUGAUUUUUACUUGUUUUGUAUAUUCUUUUGUUCAA